AUGCUGCUGCCACAGCUACAGCGCAGACAAAUCAUUGUCCUCUUGAUCGCAGCAAUCUCCCUCAUCCUCAUCACCUUCUCCCAUAUCAAUCAAACCUUGCCAGACGUCCCCUUCCUUCCAAAAUGGGAUCAAUCAUUGCCCACCGUUCGCGCAGGUCGCACAGUCCUCUACGAGAGCGCAGUUCAUGACGAGGUCACCGGCGCCCUCGCUCACUCGCUCAGCCAGCUCAACGUAACCAUGACAUUUGCUACCCGCUUUCGCUUCAAGUUUGACCAAGUCCUCCGUGACAUCAUCCCAUACGAGCCUGAGAUUGUCUAUCAGAAGCAUCCAGAGCAAGUGCGCGAGUGGCUCCAGAAAGACGAAAUCGAUCACCUGGUGCUCACCACUUGCACCGAUGGCCUGAAUCACUUUCACGACGACAUUCUCAAGUCGACAGCCACCGUUGUAUGCGUCGUGCACCAUGGCGGCGCGUCAUUUGCCCGCAAUCUCAAGGACAAGCUCCAAGCCCUCGUGGAACGCGACCAAAUCCGGCUGGUGGUGUUAGGUCACCACGUCCACCAGACAAUCAAGGACGAGCUGCAAUACUGGGCAGACACUGAAGAUAACGAGUUUUGGGAACGCGUCAAGCUCGAGACGUUUAUUCCUGGCUUUGUCUAUCCGCCAGAUAAAGAGUUCAAGCACGUUGCUCCGUUCCCUCACAAGGCGGUCAUCCAGGGUAACAUUGAGCAAGGACGACGCGACUACAAGAAGAUCUUCCGCAGCUUGAACAACAGCGUGCAUGCCGACCCGGGCCUGUGGGGUUACAAGAUGGGAGACAACGGUGUGUUUGAGGGUGACUCUGAGAAGCCUUUUGAGCUGCACCUCGUUGGUCAGCUCAACCCAAAAUCACCAGUCGAGAUUCCCGAAUCGCUCAGGAACAUUAUCACGAUUGAUGAAAAGCUCAGCUACCCCGACUACUACCGGUUGAUUGCCGAUGCAGACAUUCUUAUCCCAGCGUUUGCCAGUCGAGGCACGCUGUACGACACGGCGAGCAGCACCAUUGCCGCGGCUAUCAUCACACGAACGCCUGUCCUCGUGAGCGAGCGCCACACGGCGUCAUAUACGUACAUCAAGGGACCUGCCGCCAUCUUCCGCAGGGUGAGCGAGGGCGCGAUCCCUGCGCUAGAGCGACUCCGCCGCAAUGGAGACCCGCGGAGCCCGCCAGACAAGCUUGGCCUCGAGUGGGACGAGUACGAGUCAAACAUCCAGCGCCAAAAUGCCGAAAUGUGGGUUCGUGUCCUCAAGGAUCAGAACCAUCGUGAGUUGUGGGGCAACUGGUGA